UAAAUUCAAAGAGUAUAGGGACUAAUAUGGAAUUGGGUGGUGAAAGUAAAAAAAUCAUUUUGAGGCAAAAGUAAAGCAGCUUUCAAAGGAAAGAAGAAAAAAAGUCGCUGUAUUUUCUGCCCUCUCAAAAAAGAAAUAAAAUAAAAACAGCCAGAGCCUCGAGGAGGAGGACUCCCCUACCAUAAAGAAAAGUCGAAGAAUCGUAGGGACAUUUUCUCUGCCUUCUGUUUGGCUGUAGAUCAAUCUACAGGGUUGUAUUAACAGAUUCUUGUUUUCAAUUUAAUGCGGUGAAGUGGGAUAUUUCGAAAUACAAGAAAAAAGAGAAAGGAGUGAUAUUUGAGGUGUGGGAACUUAACUGUUGCCGGAAAAAGAAAUGGAGUCUGAAACGGCUUCGUCGGUUGAUGAACAAGUUGGUGGUGGUGGAGGAGCGUCAGUGGUAGCUGAUACGAGAGGAAAGCACCGGAUUCUUGCAGAGCUGAAGCGCGUGGAGCAAGAAAUGAAGUUUUUGGAGGAAGAGUUGGAGGAGCUUGAGAAAACAGAUAAUUUAUCAAUUGUGUGUGAAGAGUUGCUGCGCAAUGUUGAGAACAUACCUGAUCCCCUACUCUCACUAACAAAUGGCCCUGCAAACCCCUUGUGGGAUCGAUGGUUUGAGGGGGCCCAGGAUUCACAAGGUUGCAGGUGCAGUAUACUCUGAUUUGAAGCACUCUUAACAUUUGUUGCUGGAAGCUUCAAGACAUGUUAUCUAACAGAUCUAGGAAAAUAUGAAAGCACUUUUUAUUUCUUUAGCGAAUGGUUAUUGAAUUUUUGCACUGCAAUAGUGAAGCUUUGGGUUAUGAUAAAAUUGUAAAUCAAGUCAUUUUUCAGAGAUUCUCCGUCUCUUGAGUAGGUGAAAGUGGUAUCCUCCCAUCCAGCAAGCUGAAAAUGUUACUUCAGUGGUUAUUCUUGUUCUUUGACAAAUUCUUAAUAGCUAUUGAGAAUCAUUGAAGGGAUUUUUUGCAUUUCCAGAAAGCAGUUGGCUGGCUGUACAUAUAUAAACCGCUAUUUGCGUUUUCACCCUA